UUUUUUUUAAUAUAUUGUUAUACUUACAGUACGCCGUAAAAAGUGCCGUUUUAUUAGUUUUUUUGUAUGUUUUUUCGUUUUUAAUCUAUUUUAUAGUGUUAAAUUUUAAAUUAAAAUAGUUAAUAUUGUCUUAAUAGUGUUGUGAAGUUACUUAAUUAAUUAUAUUUAACAGCCAGCAAAUUUGUGUUUAUUUUUCUAUUAAUAAUUUUAAAGAUCUAAAGACAUAUUGUAAGAACGAAACAAACAGCUAUAGAUAUUAGAUGACUGGUGCUGCGACGAAGGAUAUAAUGUGAACACUGGAUCACUGGAGAAGCAUUGUUAUAUUAUAUAAGUGCAAAUGUCGCCGUAUAGCAGGGAACACCACACGGCCGUCGUAGCCCCUGUUUCAGCGGUGUCACCCGUGAUCGAAGAGUUUGGUAGCAAUAAGAAAGACGACGCCGCCGCCGCAGCCGCUGCCGGUGGACUGCCGUCUUACCAUCGUAAGUACUCGGAGUCUGGAAAACCUACCGCCGGAUAUACCAAUGGGUUCUCGUUGCUCCGCCGAUUGUUGCGUUGGUGGCUCGCCCGAUUUGGUCAAAAGCCGUUGGUUAAAAAAGGUGUAUUGGAGAUGAGCGCUGCGACCGAAAGUGGUAUCCGGUUGAGCGGACAUACUCUAGACAAGGCGACCAAGGCCAAAGUCACCCUUGAGAAUUACUACAGCAAUCUGAUCGCUCAGCACAUUGAACGGAAACAGAGGUUGGCGAAACUCGAAGAAACUUUGAAAGAUGAAAGUCUGUCGGAGCAACAGAAACAAGAAAAACGCCAGCAACACGCGCAAAAAGAAUCAGAAUUUCUCAGGCUAAAGAGAUCGAGGCUCGGAGUAGAAGAUUUCGAACCGUUAAAGGUCAUUGGUCGUGGUGCUUUUGGAGAGGUGAGACUAGUUCAAAAGAAAGACACAGGUCAUAUAUACGCCAUGAAAAUCCUACGCAAAGCCGACAUGCUUGAAAAGGAACAAGUGGCGCACGUCCGUGCAGAAAGGGAUGUCCUCGUCGAAGCUGAUCACCAGUGGGUCGUUAAAAUGUACUAUAGUUUUCAGGAUCCAAUAAACCUUUACCUUAUAAUGGAGUUCCUUCCCGGUGGUGACAUGAUGACGCUACUCAUGAAAAAAGAUACACUCAGUGAGGAAUGUACGCAGUUUUAUAUCGCCGAAACCGCGUUGGCUAUUGAUUCUAUACACAAACUCGGAUUUAUACACAGGGAUAUAAAACCCGACAAUCUACUAUUAGACGCCAGAGGCCACAUAAAACUGUCCGAUUUCGGAUUGUGCACCGGCCUGAAAAAGUCGCACCGGACGGAUUUCUACAGAGACCUGAGCCAGGCUAAACCGUCGGAUUUCAGUUUUUUCUGUUCGCCAGCAUCGAGUCCGAUGGACAGCAAACGGCGUGCGGAGAGCUGGAAGAGAAAUCGCCGGGCGCUGGCCUACAGCACCGUCGGCACGCCGGAUUACAUUGCACCCGAAGUAUUCCUCCAGACCGGUUACGGUCCGGCUUGUGAUUGGUGGAGCGUCGGUGUCAUCAUGUACGAAAUGCUAAUCGGGUACCCACCGUUCUGUAGCGAAAAUCCACAGGAAACGUACAGAAAGGUUAUGAACUGGCGGGAAACGCUGAGCUUCCCAGCCGAAGUGCCCAUCAGCGAGGAGGCCCGCGACGCCAUCACCCGGUUCUGUUGCGAAUCAGACCGCCGUCUCGGUUACAGCGGUCGUGGCAUCGACGACCUUCGAUCAACGAUAGCGUUCUUCCGUGGCGUCGACUGGGAGCACAUCAGAGAACGUCCGGCCGCCAUACCUGUCCAGGUCAAGUCUAUCGACGACACGUCCAACUUCGAUGACUUCCCGGACGUUAAGCUCGAAAUACCAUCAGCACCGAUAUCCCAAGACGGUGAAGUGAUCUAUAAAGACUGGGUGUUCAUCAACUACACGUUUAAGCGGUUCGAGGGGCUCACUCAGCGGGGCAUAGCUACCAAAAAGUGAUUUUAAACAACGUUAACGAUAGUGCAAUGUGAUAUUUUUAUCUAACCUCCUAUGCUUUCCUCCUUCUCCCCACCUUUUCAACCGACCCUAUACCCCUACCCCGACCCAACCCCCUAUCCACUACAACCUACACACCACGAAUCCUCUACCAUCCCUAUCACCAUUAGUUGGCAUGCAGAUUUUAUGAUCUCAAGAAGAAACGUGUUUGUUUUCUUCUCAGCGAUAAAAAAAAAACCAAUCGAAGAUUUCCAAAGACCAAAUGUUUUUUUUUUUUUUUUAAUACACAUAUAAUAUAUAUGGUAACCUGUGUGAUCAAUGAUACAUAUUUGUUAUCCAUUAACCGUCAAAUACACACAAAAAAAAUUAAUCGCGGAUAUAUUGUUUAGCGUUAAAUUUAAAUGUUCUUAAUGUCCAUUGAUAUUAUUUUUACACACUAAAAUUAUUUCUUAAGCUUCAUCUAGUCAACUCCUUCGUUUUUUCAUUCACUCGAACAAUUCGAAAUUAAACCAUAAACACGUUAAUUCAUUUAUCGUAACACGUUCGGAACCACUGCAAAAAUAUAAAAUAAAUAAUAUUAAUUAUAAAUGUGUUAGGUGACAAGACGCUAGUGUUUGCAUAUUUUAUUCGAUACACACACACACACACAUAUAUAUAUAUAUAUACCGUUCACACAAUUACCACAAAAAUAAUCACCGUGAGUCGUGUGUAUAUAUAUAUAUAUAUAUAUACAUAGUGUUAUACUACUACUCGUGUACACUGUACAUGGUCUGGAGCACUGGCCGCUGGUGCUCGGGCGCGGUCAUUCCACCACCACCUUACAGGGAAUGCGAACGUGUAUGAAAAUGUUGUCCUCGUGCACAUCAUUCGAGGGGACGUCGAACGACCCGGACAAUAUUUUAUAUUUUAGUGAAACCAUUUGAGUCUUGCCCUUUGACGAGUGUAUAAAAAAAAAAAAAGUUGAUUCUUACGCACUUUUUAGCAUGUUCCUAUAUAAACUAUAGGUAGUGGUAGCUAAUGAAUAAAUAAUCAUCGGACAACAAGGCCGAAAGCGAUUGACCCCGGGACAGGUUAGACUUAAGAUUUGUUUUGAUUAUUAUUAAUUUUUCGAUCUGAAUUUUGUUUGUUUACGUGUAGACGUUAGUUUUAACAGUUGUGAUAUUCGCAAAGUUAAUUAUUAUUGUUUGUUCGUAAUUUUUUUUUUAUGA